AUGUCGGCCAUGGCGCCCCUCGGCGUGGGGCCCCUUCGCGUGGCUCGCGCCGGGAGAGUCAACUUCCCGAAGACGGUUUGCGGCGUUGGAUGGCGUCGUGGUGCUGCUCUGGCACAUGUGCAGGUCCCUGUCUGCCCACGGCAGAUGCACUGUGGGGCUGCUGUCAACAACACUGGCGACUGGGGUUCCACACACAAGGGCACCGAUGGGCCUGAGGGAUCCUUCAAUGGUGUGGAGAGGGCUAUUCAGGACGUCUUCUUUAGAAACCAACCUUCAGGGCGCAGCGGAUGGGAAGAGGUUGAGAACUGCUGGAUCCUUCGGCCACCUCCAGGCGUUGAGCCCAUAGCUGUCAUGCAUUUUGUGGGGGAAGCCUUUGUUGGUGCAGCCCCACAAAUUGCAUACAGGCAGCUGCUGGAGGCCAUUGCCGAAAGAAGAAUAUUGGUAGUCGCCACUCCGUACAGAACCUCUUUCGACCACCUGCGCGCAGCGGACGAGGCGCAGUUCAAGUUCGACAGCGCGAUGAACGCCAUUGGCAGGUAUGCUGAAGACGUUCCUGUGUACGGAGUUGGCCACUCCCUGGGGGCGCUCAUCCACCUGCUGAUCAGCUCGAGGUACGCCGUGGAGCGCGCGGGCAACGUGCUGAUGUCGUUCAACAACAAGCCGGCCACGGAGGUCAUCCCUCUCCUCGCACAGCUGGGCCCCUCCUCCCGCCUGCUGGGCCCCAUCACCAGCCAGCUGGCGUCGUCGCCCCUGCGGCCCACAGCGGAGAUGGUGCAGGGCGCGGUGAAGGGCAUCAGCCCCUCGCCGGUGCGCCAGUGCAUCCCCCUGGUGGAGCAGCUGGCGCCCAUGUGCAUGGACGUGACCCAGGGGCGGCAGGAGUUCUCACCGUCGCCGGAGGAGACGCGGAACCGCAUUCGGUCCUUCUACGGCGUCCGCCGCAACCUGCUAGUCCAAUUCACGGACGACGACAUGGACGAGAGCGACGAACUGGCUUCGAUGAUCCAGGCGUCGGGCAUCGGGAGCACCCUGGACAUGACGGUGCGCACGCUGCCAGGGAACCACGCCCGGCCCAUGCAGCACGCCCUGGUGGACCUACCACCUGUGGUGGCUCGGGCUGCAAACCAGGCGUGCGAAGCUGGUGGCGAUGUCAUAGGCCGGCUGUCGAAGAUGGCCGCGGACGCCGGCUCCGCCCAGGGCUCCGACCAGCUGGGCCGCUUGUCGAAGAGCGUCAGCGGCAUGGCGACCGUGUUUGGCGGCGACGCCGGCGGGCCCGUCGCGAGCCGCAUCGCGGCGCUGGCGGACGAGAUGGCGGGCUGGAUGGAGGCGGGCCUGCCGGCCAGGGCCAGGGCCCUCCCGGCGGGCCGGAGGCAGGGGCAAUGA